UAGGUCUAGUUGGUCGAAUUGCAAACCCUUACUUGUCGUUGUUCAUUUAUGCUAUGGCCGGAACGAAAAACUUUUAUGUUGUGUUCAGAGGGAGGAAGGCUGGUAUCUUCAAGGAAUGGAUUGACUGCCACACUCAAGUUGUGAAGUUCAAGUGUAGUGCAUAUAAAGGGUAUCACACGCGUGCAGAAGCUGAAUCAGCUUGGCAAUACUUUUGUACAACUGGCAAUGUACCUGUCGUCUUGGAUGAUAUACAAGAAAGUGCACCAUUCAUUCCUUGUCCCACUAGCAUCCACCAACUCUCUCUUGAAGGGUUGUCUCUGGAAGAGGGUAGCAGUAGCAACGACAAAACUGAGGCCAAAGCCAAUGAAUUCUUGAUUGAGUAUAGUAACCAAGGUCUCCUACUUGACGUCUGUGAGAGUCUUGGGAUUCCUCCACCGUCUUUUACCUUGUUGGACACGAAGGAUAUCAAUGGUGUUGCUCAUCACAGAUACGGGGUAUGCGUCGUAGGUGACGGGCCGCUCGAGAGACCACUGUUCAUUGUUGGAGAGUUUAACAUUUCACAUACAGAAGGUAAGGACAACGCGGCAUGGUUGAUGGUGCAACAGCUAGUUGGGAAGUCUGGGAAAACGGUUAAGGACUACAACUACCAUAUUGUGGAUCAGUUGCAGGCUCAGUUGAGCAUUAAGGACGACCAACUCAGAACAAUGAGAUCUGAGAUUGCCACGUUGGAUCAUGAACUUCAAACACUCAAGGAUCUCCUUGGCUUUUCCCAAUAGGUACUACAGACUGGAGGAAGGGAGCAGGCCUAAAGUGUGAAUCCAGAUACUAUGUGGUUAUUAAUGGAGCCUUAGAUUAUGUUUGUCCUGUAGUCGUAAGUUUGUUAGUUGUUUACAUUCUCUGCAAGCUUCUUUUCUUUGUAAUGGUUUCCCAGAUGCAGUUAGUGACGAGGCCAAUCUGUAACUUCUGAAUUGCUUUUGAAGUUGUUCUAUGUUCAAUGUUUUCAGCUUAUCAUUUCAAAA